AUGGAUGGGCCAGUGACCACGCGCACAGCCACUUCCAAUCUCGCCGGUGCGGUGCUUCUGACGCUCGACAAGGGCGGCGUGUUUGUUCGCGACCCCGGGUCGAGCGGCACGUUCUGCCGAGUGUCCUUCAUCCCGAGAGCACGCCGGCUGGACCUCACCUGCGUCGUCGCGCCGCGCCAGACGACGCGGCAGACGACCACUAAUGCCCCGGAGACGGACACGUACAGCUUCAAGUUCGAGCACAUGAUCGGCAUGACGUUUCACGCCCCGGACAAGGUCAUGGCGAGCUCGUUCAGCAAGGGCGUCGUCGAGAUCUCGAUCGUCAUGCUCGUGCCCUACGGCCCCAACCCGGCGCCGGCGCCGUCGGAGCUCGUGAUCCUGCGCCUCAAGCUGCUGAGGACCGGGAGACGCGACUACGACUACCUGCGGUCGCUCGCAGUGUCGCUCGCGACGAUGACGUCGCUCAAGCACAUCAUCAGCGAGUCCUCUCUUCCGCCCCAAACGGCCCCCACAUCCCGUGGGCGGCUCCUGACGGCGGUCUACCGCUUAUUCACGUCCAGCGAGCCCACGGAGCCCUUCCCGCUCACGACGCCGCUCACGGUCGCGGACCAGUUUUCGUUCGGUCGCCUGGGCCCCGGCUGGGCGAGCUGCGACCGACGCGACGUCACGGAGGUCGAGGGCCUCGCGAGACUCGCCGCCGGCGUGUCCGUCUACGAGGAGGACCGCGGCGCGGACGUCAGCCCCGUCGGCACUGUGAGGGACACGUGGCUCGAGACCAACGGCGCGGCCAGCGAACAGGAGCUCACCGAAAAACAGAUAUCGCGCGCCUUCGCGGAGCACCUGGAGCACGUGCCCGCGAACCUCGCCAAGGGCGUCAAGGUCUGCGCUCGCUUGCCGCAGAGCCUCGUGCCUGACGCCAUCGACGACGACGAGUCGUGCUUCUUCGAGAUGAGAUUCAUCGAGUACCAGGAGGGCGGCAAGAUCGUCGUCGUCGAGGACAUGUCCACUGCUACCGCCCGGCGCAAACCCAUCAGCAUCAGUAGCACGGACGUCUUCGUGCCCCCGAUGGAAAAGGGCGGGAGCGGCGUCCGCUUCGUCAACGGCGAGAGCGUGCUCGCCCGCUGGGACGACGACAAAGCGACCGCGUACUACUCGGCCACGGUCGUCGAGGCCGCCGACGGCGACGGGAAGCGCCUCUACGUCCAGUUCCAGAACGACCUAGACGACGAGGGCAUGCCCAAGAAGCGAGCCAUCGACGCGCGCAAGAUCGUUCGCGACGUCGACCUGGGCAAGCGCGCGACGCCCGUGGACCCCUCCGACGACGACGAAGUGUCGGACGCGGCGGCCGCCGCAGCUUUGGCUGCGGGCGACGCUCAGCAAGGCGACUUCGGCGGCGAGGACGACGGCUUCGUCCUAGACCUUGGCGCUCCCGACGGAGAUGACGACGGAGACGACGACAAAGCCAUGGAGGAGACCGCCGGCGACGACCUACCGGACGGCGCCUGGAGCCCUGCGCGGCGCCCGCGACAGCCCUCGGGGGCGCCGAUCUAUUGGCGGACGAUGGGGCGGGCUGACUCCUACGAGCCCCUCGCCGGGUCGCGGUCCCGCAUGGACCGCAUCCUCGCGAUGGCGGCCGUGUCCACGGCGCUCUGCGGCGCGGCGUACCUCAGCGUCGGCUUCGUCAACGGCCGCAGCCCGCGCUGGAUCGACGCCCUCGGCGACGCGGCCUUCGAGGCCGACGCCGGCGGCCACGCCAUGCUCACGAAGCGCGCGGCCUGGGCCCACCUCCAGGAGACGUCCUACGACGUCACGUGCAGUGGCGUCACCUACGCCUACUGCGGCAUGGCGACGUGCCGCUUGAAUGGGGACGGCGCGACGGCGUCCUGCGGCUGCAAGCGCGAGCGCGACGCCGAGGGCCGCCUCUUCCUCCACGCCAACUCGGCCUACCUCGUCUACAGCGAGACCGUGCGGCGGGCGCUGUACGAGGACGUCGUCGAGGGGCGGCGCCACCGCUUCCGGGAACGUUUGUGCGCCGCGGUCGCCGACGGCUCUUUGUGGUCCGACGCGGGCUUCAACGCUACACGCUGCGGCGGCUACUACCCGCACCACGGCCGCACGGGCGACGGCACGUACUCCCAGCGCGUCGACAUGCUCGACCUGAUCAUGGAGCGGGAGAAGGCGCACGCCAGCCGGUCCGCGGACACCACGACCACUAAUGCCCCGGAGACGGACACGUACAGCUUCAAGUUCGAGCACAUGAUCGGCAUGACGUUUCACGCCCCGGACAAGGUCAUGGCGAGCUCGUUCAGCAAGGGCGUCGUCGAGAUCUCGAUCGUCAUGCUCGUGCCCUACGGCCCCAACCCGGCGCCGGCGCCGUCGGAGCUCGUGAUCCUGCGCCUCAAGCUGCUGAGGACCGGGAGACGCGACUACGACUACCUGCGGUCGCUCGCA